AAGAUUGCAACCUCGUAAGAGAAUCUAUUCAUGUUAUCCAAACUGUUAUGUGGAGUGCUUCCGAUAAAACUAAUAGCGUUUACAAUGUAGAUCUUUAUCAGCUAUUAAGCGACAUUUUUCCGAUUUGGAUAACUAUGAAGAAGCAAGCAAAUGUAAAGAAGAUUAAGAGCUACCCUGCCCCGUCAACUUUCGCACUUCUUUAUAAUCUUAUUGACCAUCACGUUAAAUACAAGCAGUUACUUAUUCACCGUCCUCCAGAGUGCGUUGGCCCACCGACCCUUGAGUUCAUUCAUAAAAUAGCAAAACUAUACCCCAGUGAAGCUGAUCGAUCUGAAGUAUUUAAAGAAAAAAUGCGUGAAUUAUUUGGUGAGGAUUUAAUAACAAUUCAGCUAGAAGAUAAAUCUUCAAAUGAUGGAGUAUUGCUGUGUCACGUCUUUUCAAAAAGUGUUUUACUUCUUCUCAUUGAGAUAAAAAAUGAAAUUGGCACUGGUAGCUGUGAUCCAACUGUCCAAGCUGGAGCUUCUUUUGAAAAUAUUAUACCUAAAAGACAUAUAGGGAAACACUCAAAUAGGGCAGUAUAUGUUGAGAAACCUAUUGUAGAUCCCUUGACGGACUUUAUACCUCUCAUUCCUACAAAUAAUCGAGUCCACGCAGAGCAAGUGCGAUUUUUUCCCUAUCCGAAUCAAUACAUGUAUCAAGAUACAACCGUAGAGUUUGCAUAUGAAGGAAAACUUUUAGAUCAUAAGCUUCUUUGGAAAGCCGUAACAAAAGACGGGCAGAAAAUUAUUGUUAAAUUCGCGUGGCAGUAUAAUCAGAGGGCACACGAACUGUAUAGCGAAAUUGGAAAGGUGCCAAAACUUUUUUACAUUAACAAAGAGGUGGUGGAUGGUUUUUACAUGGUAGUGAUGGAUUAUAUUGAGGUUGUGCCACUUUAUUAUUGCGACUCGCUUAGUCAUGAUGAAUAUAAAAUAAUUUUAGAGUGUGUUGAAGAAGCUAUCGACAAAUUGCAUGAUGAAAAUAUUGUGUAUGCUGACCUUCGUGAUUCCAAUAUUUUGGUAAACAAAUCUCAAGGUCAGUAUCAAGGAAUGUUAAUAGAUUUCGACUGGGCCGGUAAAGAAGGAAUUGAGUGCUAUCCUUCGUUCAUGAACCAUAAAAAUAUUAAAUGGCCACCAGGGGCUGAAGAUAGGAAGAAACUGGAUCAGAAACAUGACAUUUAUUAG